AUGUCUCAAACUCUUACCACCUUUUUGUCCAGAACUUUUAUUGUUAACCAAGAAAAAUGUUUAUUACCGAACAAAGUUUUGUUGUACACUCCUGUAGCCACAUUGAAGAAUUUUUCUCCACCUCCAGAUUACAGUGAUGUGGUUCUUCCUGAGAGGAGGCGGUUGAAAAUGUUUGAAAGAGUUCCUCAGUAUCCACCUAACCAACGCCCACCAAAAAUGCAAAGAAAGCCAAUUGAAAUGAGAGGACCAGAGCUUGUUCACAACAAACUUCAAUAUUGUGAAUUUGGAAUUCAGGCUUUAACUGGUGGCCGUCUUCGUUGGGGCCAUUAUGAAAUGCUCCGUUUAGGCAUUCUUAGAAAAUUUGAUGAAAGCCGGAUGUUUGCUCUAUGGCGGAUUGAUGCUCCAUGGAAACCAAAAACUAAAAAAGGCCAGGGUCAUCGCAUGGGUGGUGGAAAAGGUGCUAUUGAUCAUUAUGUCUACCCUUUGAAGGCUGGACGAAUCAUUAUAGAACUUGGUGGCAAAUGUGAAUUUGCUGAAGUAGAAGGGUUUCUUUCAAAUUUAGCUGGUCUUCUGCCAUUUCCGGCUCGCGCUGUUAGUCAGCAAAUGUUGGAAGAAGAACAAGAGGAGGAAAAAAGAAAAGCAGAGAGAAAUGUGAAUCCUUUCACAUUUGAAUAUUGUGUCAAGAAUAAUAUUUUUGGAUGCAGAGUUAAUUUAUCAAAAUAUGACCGGAUAUGGCAUGGCAAAUAUAGAUAA